UUUGUUGAAUUGAAAGUUAUUGCGAAGGGAGUGAUGGUUGUUGUUGGUAGUGGUUGAAACUGUGAUUGGUGAGCGAAAUGGAUUCUGCUAGGAGUUGGUUACAGAAAUUUCAACCACGAGAUAAAUUAAGAGCCUCAACUAGAAAGAAAGACGAUACUCAUGGUGGGAAUGAAGCUCCAAACGGGCCUCUGGACGAAGCAGCUCUUUCCAAUAUCACAAAGCAGAAGGUUGCAGCAGCUAAACAAUACAUUGAAAACCACUAUAAGGAACAGAUGAAGAACCUUCAAGAAAGGAAAGAACGUCGAACCAUCUUGGAAAAGAAGUUGGCAGAUGCUGAUGUAUCUGAGGAAGAUCAAAAUAACCUACUUAAAUUUUUAGAGAAAAAGGAAACUGAAUAUAUGCGUCUUCAAAGGCACAAGAUGGGUGUAGAUGAUUUUGAGUUAUUGACCAUGAUUGGAAAAGGUGCAUUUGGGGAGGUCAGAGUUUGUAAGGAAAAGACUACAGAUCAUGUAUUUGCAAUGAAAAAGCUAAAGAAAUCAGAGAUGCUUCGCAGAGGCCAGGUAGAACAUGUCAGAGCUGAGAGGAAUCUCCUUGCAGAGGUUGACAGCAAUUGCAUAGUUAAACUUUAUUGUUCUUUCCAAGAUGAGGAGUAUUUAUAUCUUAUUAUGGAGUAUCUACCUGGCGGGGAUAUGAUGACUCUACUAAUGAGAAAGGAUACCUUGACCGAAGAUGAAGCCAGAUUUUAUGUGGGAGAAACAGUUCUAGCCAUUGAAUCAAUACAUAAACACAAUUAUAUACAUAGGGAUAUUAAGCCUGAUAAUUUAUUACUUGAUAAAUAUGGACACUUGAGACUGUCAGAUUUUGGGUUAUGUAAACCAUUAGACUGUAGUACACUUGAAGAAACGGAUUUUUCUGCUGGUCAAAAUGCAAAUGGAUUUCCUCAAAGUGAUGAAUCUGGACGCACACAACAAGAACAAUUGCAACACUGGCAAAAGAAUAGGAGGACACUUGCUUAUUCUACUGUCGGUACACCAGACUAUAUUGCUCCAGAAGUUCUAUUAAAGAAAGGCUACGGGAUGGAAUGUGAUUGGUGGUCACUUGGUGCUAUUAUGUAUGAAAUGUUGGUGGGAUAUCCGCCUUUUUAUUCUGACGAUCCAAUGUCAACAUGUAGAAAGAUAGUAAAUUGGAAAUCUCAUUUAAAGUUUCCUGAAGAAGCAAGGUUAUCUGUGGAGGCUAAAGAUCUUAUCAGUAAGCUUUUAUGUAAUGUGAACCAGAGACUGGGCUCAAAUGGUGCAGAUGAAAUAAAGGCUCAUCCAUUUUUCAAUGGUGUUGAGUGGGAAAGAUUGUAUCAAAUGGAAGCUGCAUUUAUUCCUGAGGUCAACGAUGAGUUAGACACUCAAAAUUUUGAAAAGUUUGAUGAGUCUGACCACCAGACUCAAUCAGCAUCAAGAACUGGCGGUCCAUGGAGAAAGAUGCUUUCAUCUAAAGACUUGAAUUUUGUGGGAUACACAUACAAAAACUUUGAAAUUGUCAACGAUUAUCAAGUUCCUGGGAUGACUGAAUUAAGAAAGAAAACUUCUAAAGUAAAGAAGCCAUCUGUUAAGUCUCUUUUUGAUUGUGAUUCUGACACAUCUGAAGCAUGUGCAUCUGAGGCUUCUGAUUCAACUGCAAAGAUUGAUGAUCAACAUACUCAUUCAGAAUAGAAAUAACAACUCAAGUCUAUAUUAGUUAAUAACCAUUUUUCGUGUUUAUUGUAAUUUUUGCUUUUAUUCCACGUUUUCAUUUCUUCUUGAAAACCUCAG